GAGAACAUGGAUUUGGUCGCAACAGAGAAAAAUGCUUUCGCACUGAAUUCGUACUCGAGACGUCCAUCGCGAAAGCAGCGCCUCAAGCAAAGUGUCAGUUUUUUGUUUUUUUGUUACUAUCAACACUGAAGAAAAUUUAGCCCGCUCCGUUGAGUGAUGGGGUGGCACGUCUCCGUGCCCUCCUAAGACCAAACAGUUGCCGAGCGUCGCUCUUUCGCGAUGCACCAACCGAUCGCGUUUGCGCACGAAAGCACAUAACCUCAAAGAACGUUUAUUGAGUGAGUAUACCGAGGAAAGGUGUUCGGAAAGUGAUGAAAAUUGACUUUUGACAAACGAUCGAUGCGCUAGCCGGUUUAUAGCCAGCAAUGACAGUGGUGAUCACCCAUCCGAUAAGUGCCUCUUUUCGAAGCUGUUUACGACUAAAGUUCGCGACAGUGCGACUCGGUGAAACCGCAACUUUUGAAUCUCAAUGAAUUAUUGAGUCUACAAUGAUACAGAGUGGUUUGAGUUCAUAAAAACAUUGAGACUGAAGGUAAUGAAUGCGAAAACAAUCUUUUCAACAGGUGAUAGCAUUUUGUGACUUGAAAAGAUUGUAUAGCGACGCACGCGCAUAUCCGGCCUCGUGCUCGUGCUGUGUAACUUAACCUCAUAAAAAUCAAAUUUCAAGGAUUGUAAACAAACAAGCUCACUCGGUUAAUACAAUUUUUUUAAGUAACAAUUGAGUAUGGAACUGAGUGAUUAUGAAGACGGAAGUGAUAAAGACGACGAGGAUUUCAACAUCAAUGAACAUCGAGAGGAUAUUGACAGUGACGAUUCCUACGAAAGCUUCGAUGAAAACGACGAUGAAGACGCUGAUGAGGAAUACACCGGUCCAAUUUUACCAGGGGGACAUCGUUUUGACAAAAAACUUUUAUGCAUAAAAUAUCCUGGAGUAGUAGAAAAUCCUGAAAAAGCAAUAGAAACUCUCGGAGGCUUGGGUGGAAUAUCCGCAGCCUGCAGUUCUUCCAAUCGCAGAUUAGAGUUGCGAUUCCGUCCUCAGGAUGGCUAUAGAAAACCAACUUGUGGAGACAAGCACGAAACUGCAGGAUUUCUAAUUAGAGUUCGUGUGAAAAAAUCACUUGUCCAACACAUGGAAAAAAUGGAGAUGAUAACAGAACGUGAUAACGUCAAAUUCCAUGGCCCGUACGACAUUGAACAGCUUGAUCAACUUCUCGGACCCCUGGGAAGAGAAUUCACAUCUGGAGAAAACAAUACAGGAGAAACCUCGGAGAACCAGAAAAUGCAGAGACCUAGCUGCAAAGCUAAGACCGAUGUCCCAGAAAAAAAUAACUAUAGUGAAUCUGGAUCAGAACUUAAUAUCCAAGAAAGAGGAAUUUUGUAUACAAAAAACUCAGAAAAAUCAGUUGAUCAUAAUUCCAAGGAUUCCAUUGAGAAUGGAGCAACAAAAAGUUUUGAGGAUUUCUCCAAAGAUGACAGUUAUCAAGUCCCAGACGCUAAAGUUAUUGGCCGAGUGGAAACAGAAUUUGAUUUUCAAAAUCUAUGCGACUUCCAAUUUUUGGCAAUAGGAAAAAGUGUUACGGAUCCAAAAAUCGUAGAAGAUAUUUACGAGUCGGUUUAUCCUACUGAAAUUCCGGUUCACCGUUGGUUACAGAAAAAAGUGCCAUAUUUUCUGCCUCCCCCGGCUUUCAGUCGUAUAGAUAGCGUUCAACAUUUGAGUUUGAAGACAGAAAAGGACAAAGGUCCGAAAAACGUUAUAGGAAAAACGCGAAAACGUCUCGCAGGCUUUUCGAACUUUAUAAAUUUCGAUUCCCCGGAAACUCCGUGCGAACCACCUCCGGGUAUCGAGACAGCGCUGAGAAUAAAAUUCCUACAGAAGUCUCAUUUGGAACGCAUUCGACGGAUAUUCGAGGAACGUCCGGUGUGGUCGAAAAAUGCUCUGACCUACGUUACCGAAUUUUCUGGGGAACAAUUAAAAUUUUUAUUGCCCUCUGUUGCCUAUUACUUCAUGACCGGACCGUGGAGAACUAUGUGGGUCAAACUCGGUUAUGAUCCUCGACAAGAUCCCCAAGCACGAAAAUACCAAACUCUUGAUUACAGAUUGAGAGCCAUGCAUGGAUUGGAAUUGACUGUGAACAGAAAACGCACAUCUUCGGAUUACACACUCCCGUACAAAUCAACCCCAAUCAUAAAGCCACGUGCGACGAUACUGACGAGUAUGCAAGAUCAGAGAGAGAUUGGGAAAAAAGAUCAACUGCUUAGUGAAUGUGUAUACAUAUAUCGAGAGGGUGUCGUCCCACCGUCGAGACAAAUGUUCUAUCAGUACUGUGACAUUCACGUUUCUGAGAUUCAAGAGAUGCUGGCUAAAUUGCCGGAUCAUUUGCCACCAGGUGCGCGAUGUCACGAAAAACACGGUUGGCUUCCAAGCGGAUUCAGCGACCAAUGUCGUGAAAUUAUUAAUAGACAAGUUCGAGUCGUGCUAAGAAAGCAAAUGAAUAUUCCGGCGGAUCAUCCAACAGCCCUGCCACCAAAACGCGUGACGAAAAAUCACCUUCGCCUGAGCAGAUUGUCGACGCACAUUUUGAAAAAUCGUGCUAAGAAAAAGCGCAAGAAGCCUCAAACUCCUGAUGAGAAAAUUGCCGAAUCGGUGGAGCAGACGAAUAAAACAAACUCCUCGUCACCGGCAUCGUGACACUUUCUUCCAUAUUUCUAGUCUCAGCACGGGGAAAAAGGAGCUCUUGAGGAAGAGGAUGCUGGUUGUUCAGUUACAGACGAAUUCCACGAUUGGUGCUUGCAACGUAGCUCAAAAGCUCGUCGGAGUCUUCGCAAAUGAAGGGUUUCU